AUGACGCCGCGCAGUGCCCAGGCGUGUCUCGCCUGCAAGCAGCUCAAGCGCCGGUGCGACAAGGUGCUGCCCGAGUGCAGCCUGUGCCGCCGCACCAGCCGGUCCUGCCUCUACGGCAUCGAGGCCGGGCCUCUCCCAACUCCCGGCGAGUGGGCAGACGUCCAGGCACGCCUCGCCGCCCUCGAGAACAUCCUCCCGGGCUUCACUCCCCCGCCGAGCACCACCUUGGCCGCCCUGUCGACCCCCGGCAACGACUGCUCUUCUUCCCUAGCCCCCAGCUCGGCCGACCUCGUUCAGCCGAUCCCUCCUCCAGCCAGCCCCAACCACGGCGACACUGCAUUCCCAGCCGCCCUCUUCGUCGAUCUAGACUGCUAUAUUUGGUCCCACGCCCGGCUCCCGGCUCCUUCCGGCUCCAUCCCUGCACCCGUCCUGGCGCUCCUCAGCCAGGAUAACUGCAUCAUUGACGCGUCCCGCAGCUACUUCGCCACAAUCCACAAAUGGCUCCCUAUCGUGUCCAAGAAGCGGCUGGACAUGGGCCUGCCUGUCCGCAGCCCCGGCCCGGAUCUGGCCAUGCUCUUCCUGGCCAUGCGCGUGGUCACGAAUCCUCUCGCUGACCACCAGGACCUGACACUCUAUCGUGCCGCCAAGGACUUCCUGGCCCAGCUGGAGGCCGAGGGCUGUGUCUCGCUGCUCGUCCUGCAGGCCAUGGUCCUGAUCGCGGUGUUCGAAUAUGGCCAGGCCAUCUAUCCCGCAGCCUGGAUGACCGUGGGGGCGUGCGCCCGGUACGCCGACAUCCUCGGCCUUGCUCCUGGCGAGUUUUCUCUGUUGGGCCAACUUACAACUUGGACAGAGUCGGAGGAAAGGAGAAGAGUCUGGUGGGCCAUCUCUGUCCUAGACAAGCUCGUCGUCGUGGGCGGCCGAAGACGUCCAAUGCUUUCAGAAUCAGAAACCGAGCCCAGGCUGCCCGUAGAUGAUGAUGUCUGGGACCUCGGCGAUGCUAGCAAAGCAUUCGGCUACCCGACCGACACGCCGCACGAAACACCACAACCAGGCUUCGCACGGCUGUGCCAAGCUUCCGUGUAUCUCAACCGGGCCAUCCGCUCGGCACGAGCAAAGCCUACGGUCCCCAGCCCUACUGAGGUCAUGGCCCUAGCGGAUGAGCUGCAAAGCUUCGCAUCGGCCGUAGAUCGCCAGGGAGGCGGCUGCACACUGGAGACCAGGAUCCAUCUGCUGGCCUCUGGCGCUCUGGCCAGAUCGGCGCUCUUCCUUGUCCUGGAUCGCUGCACUUGCCCGGAAAAGAUGUCAGCGGCCCCGGGUUACAUUCCAGACCCGCGCGCAAAGACCACUGAGGAGAUCGACCUCCAGAUCUGGGCUACGGCCGUCACGCAAGCGACAAGUCGGCACCUGCACUCUGUCGCCAUGGACGUGCUCGCGCUUGUCCGCCGGCGCCACAGUGCCGAUCAGGGUGCCGAAGACCAGGACCAGGAAGAUGACGACGACAGCGACGACACGGCGAGCAUGCAUGUGCUCGGCCUCCUGGGCCCGUUUGUCCUGGACGCCAUGUACGAGAGCGCGGCGACCUUUCACUGGUUCGCGGCCGAGACUGGGGAUGAGAGCCUUCGCGCUGCGGCUGCUGAUAUGGACGGGUUCCUGGACGCCGCCAGUUCCAGGUGGCGGCUUGCCAGUGUGUACCGUGAGAAUAUGGCUGUUUACGCCGUGGACAAGAACACGGUCCGGGAGCAUGAGGGGCGGUGGUGA